AUGGCUAUCCUCGACAUUGUCCAGACGACAUCGCAAUCGUCUUUUAUCGUUAAACUUGGGCUGAUUGCCACAACACCAUUACUUCUUCUCUUGACUAUAUACUUCAUUGUCGUACCCAACGCCAUCAAAGACCGAAGACGUCGACAUCUCCCACCAGGUCCCAAGGGCCACCCAUUCGUCGGAUCCCUUUUCGAACUGGCAGACACCGAAGCCGUCCGCGAGAAAGCCAUCGCCUGGCGCAAGCAGUACGGCCAUGUAUUCCACACCAAGAUCGGCGGAACAGACUACAUCUGGCUCUCCUCACCUCAAGCGGUGAAAGACCUCAUGGAUAAGAAAUCCAACAUCUACUCCUCGCGCGCUCCAGCCCCCAUGGCUCAGGACGUUUUAUCAGCGGGCCGCCGCCAACUCUUCAUGCAAUACGGGCCCAGGUGGCGCAGUAUCCGCAAGCACAGCCAUGCGCUCCUCAAUUUAACAGCAAGCACGAACUAUCAACCGGUGCAAGACUUUGAAAGCAAAGUCCUGCUGCAACAACUAAUGCGCGACCCUGCUGACUUCAUGUCCAUCAACCGCCGCUACUCCGCGAGCGUCAUCAUGCAAGUCACAUACGGCUACCGCAUACCCAGCUGGGAUGACCCGCUCAUAAAACGUAUCUACGGCGUCAUCGACCGUUUUACCGUAAACACCGCGCCCGGAGCUUGGGCUAUAGAUUCCUUUCCCGCGCUAGCCUCGCUGCCGCAAUGGCUCUUCGGCAACUGGCGUACCCAUGGACAGAAGCUGUGUGAACAAGACAGUAAAGUGUAUCUCGAUUUGUGGAACAAGUUGAAGAAAGACACAGAUGCUGGUGUAGCGAAAGAUUGUUUCACGAAAACGUUUUAUCUAAACGGGCCUGAGAAAUCGGGGAUCGAUGAUUUGGCCGCGGCGUACACGUGUGGUGGGCUUAUUGAAGCAGGGUCUGAGACUACGGGGUCAACGCUUAAUAACUUUGUACUCUGUAUGGUGCUGUUUCCUGAGGCUCAGAGGAAGGCACAGGAAGAGUUAGAUAGGGUCGUUGGGCGAGAUAGGUUGCCGACGUGGGAGGAUGAGGAGAAGUUGCCGUAUGUGAGGAGUGUGAUCAAAGAGGUAUUGAGGUGGAGGCCCGUGAACAAGUUUGGCAUGCCGCAUGCGAGUAGUGAGGAUGAUUGGUAUGAGGGAUGGUUUAUUCCCAAGGGAAGUGUUGUUGUGUUGAAUUGGUGGGCGAUACACAACGAUCCAACACUCUGGUCUAACCCCACGGCGUUCGACCCAUCUCGCUAUCUGAACCACACCGCAUCAGCGGCACACUAUAUGAACAGUCCCGAUCCUCUGGAGCGCGAUCACUUCACCUAUGGUGCGGGGCGGCGUGGAUGUCCUGGUGUCCAUGUUGCUGAACGCUCACUCUUCAUAAACGUAUCGCGCGUACUCUGGGGGUUCAACCUCAACAAGAAGAAAGGAAAAGAUGGAGAAGAGGUGGAGGUAAAUAAAAAGAUGGAGCCAGGGUUUAUGAGCGUGCCAGAGCCGUUUGAAUGCGAGAUCAGGCCGAGGAGUGAGACGCAUGCUAAGGUCAUGAGGGAAGAGAGCGAGAGAGCGGAAAAGGAAAGAUUGCAUUAUUGA